UUACUAUUCUCUUCUCUCGUCUUGCAUUAAAACUUCGGAGUACACGAUCUCUAAAACGAAAGCUGGGUCUUUUUAUUUUAAUUUAAUAGAAGAGGUCGAAGAGGGCUGCAAAACAGCAUCUCCUCUAAACAUUGGUGGCCCCGACGUGAUGCUAUCGGGUUUUAAUGCAAAUCGCAACUUCGGUUCUAACCUUUUGCUAUCUGGCCAAACGCCGGCAGGCACAUUUCUCACUAACAAAUACAAUCGUCUCCAGAAAACGGUAAUCGCGUUUUCCUGUGCUAAAAUUUGAAUUUCGAAAUCGUCAAGGGUAAAUUUCUUGUAUCCGUUAGUCGUGCUACAGUAAAACACAUCUAAGAUGCACAGUGAUGUUGACAACUUGCCACCGGCUGAUAUUGACUUCUACAAGGCUAAGCGCGCAUCCAUUUAGCGCCAACUAAUUAGCGCAAACUAAUCGACAAUGGGCAAUAGGCAACCAUUUCAGCAGCGGCGACUUAAGCACCUACGAUAAAGCCGACUUAAUAGUUCGUAUAGACACAGUUAAUAAAAUGAAGGACGACUUCGAAAUGUGGCAAGAUAAACUGGAAAGGGUGGACCUGCUCGAGCUCUCUUCAAAUACUCGCUCCGAGUUCGCAACUUCCUAUUGGAAAGAAAAGUCUUCACUGACUCGCCACAUGGAUACCUUUAUGAAGUCACACAUCGCAUAUACUAACUUAACAACACUUCCUGCCUACCAGGAGCCAUGUUCGAGCUUUGGACUGGCAAAUGUUGAAAAGGGAUCUUCAGAAGCUCUGCGCGGUCUGAAUGAUAAAAUCAACUCACACCUUCGGGCACUAAGCACUAUGUCAACCAUUUCUCAACUGGCCGAUGGACUACUCAUUCACAUUAUCUCAAGCAAGCUUGACCGCAACACUCAGGAAAGAUGGGAGGAGGCCCUGCCAUGCGACAAGCUGCCCAGCUGGAGUGAUAUGACAACCUUUCUGGAACGGAGAUGUCGCUUGCUGGAAAAUCUAGCCUUCAGAAGACCCUAACGACUUGGAGAUUCUUACACCCGGCCUAUUUAUCUGGGGCAAGCCAAACGCAACGAUCGACGAGCCUGAUUUGAUCCAACUAAACGCAGGUCACCUCAGUCGCUGGCAAAAGGUUUGCCAAAUGCAGCAAGCGUUCUGGAGGAAGGGGACAUCCUACUUGUCCGUGUUUCAAGAACGUGGAAAGUGGAAAACGACUCGACAAAAUCUCCAACCUGGAACCCUGGUCCUGAUAAAGGAGGACAACGCCCCGGAGUGGCCCCUCGGUAGAGUGGGCAGCGUCAUCGCAGGAGUGGACGGCAUUUCAAGCAAAGACUGGUCAGGAGAGCCAUAUCAAGGAUCGCCGUUCUGCCAAUCGAAACCAAAUCGGUUGCAAGCCAUCAUUUUCCAACGGGGGGAGCAUGUUCGCAGCAGAACGCCUAAAUUUUAUUUACUAUCAGUUUGUAAAUAUAACGUAAAGUUUGCUAACAACUGUGUAGCAUCUGCGUUGCGCUAACAGCACCAGUUAAUUUAACAGUACGCAUGUAAAACCUCGAAAACAAUUACUGUACAACCCUUACUAUUCUCUUCUCUCGUCUUGCACUAAAACUUCGAAGUACACGAUCUCUAAAACGAAAGCUAGGUCUUUUUAUUUUAAUUUAAUAGAAGGGGC